AUGAGCAUGCCUUUCAGGAAAAUGGCGCGCCACUUUGGUGACACUCUCUCCCCGCAGCAACCCUACCUGUCGUAUCACGAUAUCCUCCUUACCUACGAAGACAUCAAGGCGCUCAAGAACGACUGGCUAACAGACAAUAACAUUGCUUUUUGGGAAGAAUGGCUGGAGCGCGAAAUCCUUCCCAAGUACCCGCAAGCCCGCAUCUGCCUCCUGCGGCCGUCGAUGACAUUCCUCCUCAUGAAAGAGCCCGACAUGCGCCAGAUCCGCUCCGCCCUUCCCGACUUUUCUAAGACGACACACAUCUUCCUCCCCAUCAACGACGCCCGAAACGUCGCCCAAGCCGAGGGCGGCUCACACUGGUCCCUGCUGCUUGUCAGCGCUAUCGACGGCGUUGCAUUCCACUACGACUCUCUCGGCGGCGCAAACUACGCAGAGGGCCGCCUGGCUACGCAUAAGAUGUCCGAGGUCCUAGGCCGGCCGCUCCGGUACCUCAACCUGGAGGACGCACCUCAGCAAGAAAACGGCAGCGACUGCGGCGUCUUCGUCUGUAUCCUCAUGCGACACCUCCUAGUUAAGCGCCUGCUUAGCGCAAACGCUCGCGAAAAGGUCAGCAUGAGCAUGGCCAACAAGCUCAUCGACAGCCACGGCGGCCGCAAAGAGAUGCUCAAGAUCAUUGAAAGCCUACGUAAGGAAGGCGAGAGGAGGAGAUCGUAA